AUGAAGCUCCUCCAUCAUAUUUUGAACGGCAUCUUGGCCGCAAUGACCAUCAGUCAACCACUUGUUCAAGCGGCACCGGCAGAGUCGAUUUCGGCAACAACCGAGACCGUUGCCGCCAGUGGUGAACAAAUCGCAGCCAGCAAGGACCAAACUCGGCCCUUCUACGCUAUUUCUCACCAAGUUCUCCAAAAAUCAGGCGUACGGGAUGCUCUCAAGAAUGGAGCCAACGCUACUGAAAUCGACGUCACGGCUUGGUCCAGCGGCUGGUGGGCGGACCACGACGGGCUGCCUACAAGAGCCGGGGACACGGCGGAGAAGAUGUUCCAGACGAUUGCAGCAGAGCGCCGGGCCGGCACAAUAUUAUCUUUUAUAAACACCAGUAUUAAAGGACUUAGAGAGCUCGCCCGCGACAUUCUGCAACCCGCCGGUGUCAAGGUCCUUUAUGGACUCUACAAGUCCACCAUUGGCAAACGAGCAUAUAAAUCCAUUCGCAGCGACUUGAAUGAGCACGAGGCUCUCAAUGUGGACGCCGAGGUUGCCGUGUCGGAAAGGGAGCUGGCAUAUUUGCCUCGAGGAAAACGCGUCUACUCCAACGGGUGUUUCGAUCUGGCUUUGGAGUUGGAGGGUCCAUUUGAAAACCUGAGCAAGGCUUCCAAGAGAGAGCGGAGCUUUUGGAAAGGUAUUCGGAUGGACGCUUGCCAAUCACAGCGACAAGACAAAGGGUGGCCCGGCUGA